GUUGCCUGCCGCCAUCACUGGUUGGAACUUGCCCGACUGCAUAGCUUGGUUCCUGAACGUAAAGUUCCCUUGUCGAUCCACGAAGCGCGCAACGCCCCGGAAAUCCACCUUCAACCGCGACGGGACAAGGCACCUGGUUUUCCAAUCACCAUCCACUAGUACAUCCGCCAUUGACAAAGCCAAUAGAUAAUAUCAGCUUUACUGCCAGCUCCCCGGACUGAAAUGUUUGCACAGGAAUAAUCAUCACUUCACAAUAUUUUCUCUCCCCGACAAACCUCAUAUUUUGACCUCGACCAAACACAAUGGCUGGCGAUCCGAGCCAAAACGUGCACCAGGACUUGCUUCCUCAUGUUCACCUCCUCUCAACCUUCCGCUAUGCUUUUCAGCCCAGGGUCGAACUACCAGAGGUCACAAAGUGGUUGACGGCCGCACCCAAGAUCGCCCGCGACACGGCUCCAUUCUUUUGGACAUACCUCGACGGCCCGAAUGAUGGGUCCAUAUACCUGACAUGGCAGCCUUCUGCCCGUAGAGGCGUUGAGUUCUCUAGCGAUGGAUACAUAUGGUCGGGUCCUGAGAUCUUCUACCAUCAGCCUGCCGGGAAUGGCUUGGUGCUCGAGGCUUACAUCCAACGAUCGGGAUUCAGGCCAGGGGAGCAGCACACGAUACACUCUCGAAAACGGUUUCGCCUUGUUCCCGGCCCAGCGCCAGUGCCGAAUGCACCACAGGUGGACCCUAACCUCUGGAUUGUUCAUUACGGACCAGCCGACAAACAGGACAGGAUCCACGUACAGAUGGUUUCCGUCAGCCCCCAGAUGCAACAGAUUAUCAACUAUCGCCAGCAGCUCUUCCAAAUGGGCCAGAUCGUCAAGAAGGAGUUCAUGCUAUCGGAUCGUGUGAACUGGCCACAACUUCCCCUUCCCGGACGGGGUCAGUCGAUGUAUGCCCCGCCAAUGCCGCCUCGCCACAUUCCUCCGACAAUGGCUUACCCUCCGCACCCGGGUGCGGUGGCCGGCUCAUCCAAGCGCAGGGGUGGGCAUGGACAGGCACCGGGAGCACAUCCGAACCAGAUGGCAGGAGGCCAGCUGCAAAGCUUGGAAGGUGCUUUCGAUGACGAGGAGGAUGUGUCUCGUGGCGACCUUUUCGACCACCUUACCCCACGCGAGGUGAGCAUCGCUCGGUAUCAACAAAAUCACGAGUGGAUGGAGGAAAUCCUGUCUUCUCCCUACCAAAUUGGCCAGAUAGAAGUUUCCGACCUGGGACUGGGACGCAAAGGUGCGCUUGCCUCGCUGACAGAGGGUAUUUUUGAAGCACAAAGCACCGAGGCGGUAGAUCAUGGGCCUAAGAAGCCUUAUACAGGACACUUGGCCCCAGGGGUAGCAGAUGAAUUUCGCAAGCGUGUGUUGGAGAAAAACAAGGCCGACAUGGAAGAGAUUGCGCGGAUGAAGGCCGACCACGAAAAGGCUCUAGCGAGCCUGAGAAAGAAUGCGGCUAUCAUGCAAGCAGAACAAGAAUUGCGUUUUGCGGUUCAAGAAACUGGUUCGGAAGCUUGGCGCCUUGAGGGACGUCUCGAAGAUGACGAGGACGACAGUAGCCGGCAGGGUCAAAGGAACGCCAGAACAUUUGAAGAGAUUCUCGCCAGCGUUGAAAAGAUUGUGGGGAAGCCUGCCACGGUUGUCCAUGAUGUUCACCGAGUUGAGGAUGGUGGCUACCAAGAGUCAGCUCCUGAGCCAGAGCCCAUCCUUUCACCGGUAGGACAGGCCCCUUCCAUGUCUCGCCAGCCAUCACAAGCCGGCUCUCAAGCUAGCGGUGCGAUCAUUGGUGAUUCCGACAUUGAUAUGGGAGGUACCGCAGCCGGCCUGCUUGACCAGAUGAAUACCGCCGGCGGUUUCUCGACAACAUCAACCCCUCUACCUCUGAAUCUUUCGGCCAAUCCUUCGAGUGCUGCCACUCCUUCAGCCCCCAACGUGGCCUCACCUCUACCACCUGCAACCAAUCAGGGUGGGGAUGACAUUAGUAUGGAGGACGCGAAGGUUGCAACAUCUGCACCCGAUCAAGUGCACGCUGCUUCUAACCCUUCAGGUGCCACAACUGCCUCCGUCCCCCAACCGCCGACGACAGCUGGUAACAGCGAUGCUGUUGGCGUCCCUGCUCAGCAAAUUACCCAACCCUCGAGUAAACCCGCAUCAGCGGCGCCCACCCCAUCAGGCGAGGGUAUUGACUUCAGCUCACUAGGCGAUCUCGAUACCGCCGGCGAGGCCCUCGCUGGCUACGACCCGCCCAGCGUUGGGCCAGGUGGCGACGAUUUGGGAGAUCUGAACAUGGAUAUGGAGGACUCUGCGUUCGGGGAUGCCUUCCACGGCGUCAGCCAUAGUGCCGGUGCUGACCAGUCCUCUCCGGUGGCUGGGCUUGGUAGCGCCGGGAACACUCCACCUGUCUAGGCGGCUACUGGUACCGACGCUUCCUCGCAAUCAACACAACAAAGUCAGCAAAAUUUAAACAGACGAGAUCCAAGUAAUCCACUUCAAUUUGGAGUUCAAUACACCGAGGAGGACGAUAAAGCCCUCAUAAAAGCCUACUCCGAAGGGCGCGGCUAUGCAGAGAUCCAGAG